GGGCGGGGCGGCUCUGGUGCUCACGUGACCGCGGGACGGAGGCCAGGCCGGAGCCGCCACCAUGCGAAGCUCUGGGCAGGUCUGCGGGGUGCUGCUGAUUUCCGUGGGUCUCUGUUGUGUGCACCGGGCGCGCUCCCGGAACGUGCUGCUGAUCCUCGCGGACGACGGAGGCUUUGAGAGUGGCGCCUACAACAACAGCGCCAUCUCUACCCCGCACCUGGACGCCUUGGCCCGCCGGAGUCUUAUCUUCCGCAAUGCCUUCACCUCCGUCAGCAGCUGCUCUCCCAGCCGCGCCAGCCUCCUCACUGGCCUGCCCCAGCAUCAGAACGGAAUGUAUGGCCUGCACCAGGAUGUCCACCACUUCAACUCCUUUGACCGGGUGCAGAGCCUGCCGCUGCUGCUGGGCCGAGCUGGCAUUCACACAGGCAUCAUUGGGAAGAAGCACGUGGGGCCGGAGAUGGUGUAUCCAUUUGAUUUUGCGUUCACGGAGGAGAAUGGCUCUGUCCUCCAGGUUGGGCGGAACAUCACUAGAAUUAAACUGCUGGUCCGGAAAUUCCUGCAGACGCGGGGUGACAGGCCUUUCUUCCUCUAUGUCGCCUUCCAUGACCCCCACCGCUGCGGGCACUCCCAGCCACAGUAUGGGGCAUUCUGUGAGAAGUUUGGCAAUGGGGAGAGUGGCAUGGGGCGGAUUCCAGACUGGACCCCCCAGACCUACAACCCGAAGGAUGUGGAGGUGCCUUACUUCGUCCCUGACACCCCAGCCGCCCGAGCUGACCUGGCUGCUCAGUACACCACCAUUGGCCGGAUGGACCAAGGGAUUGGACUUGUGCUCCAGGAGCUGCGUGGAGCAGGCGUCCUGAAUGACACCCUGGUCAUCUUCACAUCCGACAAUGGGAUCCCCUUCCCCAGCGGCAGGACCAACCUGUACUGGCCAGGCACUGCAGAGCCCAUGCUGGUAUCAUCCCCAGAGCACCCAAAACGCUGGGGCCAGGUCAGUGAGGCCUACGUGAGCCUCUUAGAUCUCACGCCCACCAUCUUGGAUUGGUUCUCUAUCCCCUACCCUAGCUAUGCCAUCUUUGGCACAAAGACCGUCCAGCUCACUGGGCGGUCCCUCCUCCCAGUACUGGAGGCGGAACCCCUCUGGACCACAGUCUUCGGCAGCCAGAGCUACCACGAGGUCACCAUGUCCUACCCCAUGCGCUCCGUGCUCCACCAGAACUUCCACCUUGUGCACAACCUCCACUUCAAGAUGCCCUUCCCCAUCGACCAGGACUUCUAUGUCUCGCCGACCUUCCAGGACCUCCUGAAUCGCACCACAGCUGGCCAGCCCACAGGCUGGUAUAAGGACCUGCAUCACUACUACUACCGGGAGCGCUGGGAGCUCUAUGACAGGAGCCAGGACCCCCACGAGACCCACAACCUGGCUGCCGACCCCCGCUAUGCCCAGGUUCUGGAACUGCUUCAGACCCAGCUGGUCAAGUGGCAGUGGGAGACGCAUGACCCCUGGGUGUGUGCUCCGGAUGGGGUGCUGGAGGAGAAGCUGGCUCCCCAGUGCCGGCCACUCCACAACGAGCUGUGAGGCUCUUCCUGCCCCUAUAGUAGGGGGCCCGCUGUCCGGAGUCUGAGCCGCGUCCUGGCACAUGAAUUCCUGGGGGGUACCCAAGAUGCUGCAGGAUCCCCAACCUGUGACAACAUGAGGAUGGUCCGGGGACUUGCAGGGAAAAAUGUGGUUGGGACAUGGGUCUUCAGACGCUCUGGUUCUUUGGAAACCACAGACGUUCUUGUGCCCCUCACCUGAGAAGAGAUGGGUUUCCAUGUGCCACGAGGGUGGCGGGUGGGUGCAGACCACACUCAGUGUGGGGACAGCAUCUGUCAAUCCUGGUCUGGAUAGGGAGCCUCUGAAGGACCUUUGGGCUUUCUUCUCCCUUCACUUUGCUGACAGUCAGGCUCCCAACCCCUGGGCUGGGUUUCCGUGAGACUGCUGAUUCUUGGCAGGCUCCUUGAGUGAUGGGUGUCAUCCUGGGGUCUGUAUGGACAGAGCUUGCCCUUCUUUUUGAGAGGGUACCAGGAUGAAGAUGCCACUGCGGAAGGCGUGAAACUGCCCCACUCACUGGGUGAAUCCUGGAUGAACACGAGUCUGUAGCAUAGACAGCACUCCAGACCUACCCUGCCUCCGCCCACCUGGGAGCAGAAGCUCUGCCUGGGAGAGCCCAGAAAAGGGGCGUUCUCUCAAGUGGAUGUACUCCUGUUGCCCUGCCCACCCCCAUCAUCUCCAUCCUGGGGAAUAUGGGAGGGGAGUCACAGGCCUGAGCAUUCUGUAAAAGCUUUUUAUUUUAGUAAAAUAUAUCAAAGUUCA